GUUCGGCAGAUGUCGGGCGGGAGAGUCGUGAAGCCAACGGCGAGGGCCGCGCGCCCAUCGCUCUUCGUAUCUUAUCAGCCCUUAUCAGUACAUCGCGAAACCGAUCGCGUUACGCCAGUUGAGUCAACGUGCAAAUAGUGAUUGGGGUUCGAUUAGACGAUCAUGUUUUUUAGAUUUUCCGUGAUCCGUGAAUUGUGCAUAAUUUCCAUUGUUGGAUAUGUAAGCGGUCAAGUUCAACAGCAAAUUUUGAACAAACUGGCAUGCAUCGAGCACGAGGAAUGCGGACCGUGCCUAUCGGCAGCUGCACACUGCCGCUGGUGCGCCGACCCCUACUACAGCUCCAGUGUGCCGCGGUGCAACGAUGAUGAGACGUUGGUCGCAGAUGGUUGCGCUCAGAAUAUGAUUCAGCGUCCAUACAUGUCGAUAUGGGAUGUCGUUCAGAAUCACACACUACAAGACAUAUCGCCGGACAGCCCCGAAGCAGUUGUGCAAAUACAGCCGCAAAAAAUUAGUUUCUCGUUAAAACCACGUGAAACGAAAAUAAUCAAGUUUUCUUAUAGACCAGCAAAGAAUUACCCGUUAGACUUGUAUUACUUGAUGGAUCUCACUUGGUCUAUGAAGGACGACAAAGAGACUCUAGUGUCUCUGAGGGACGAUCUCCCAAUUUUGCUGAAGAACCUUACAGAUAAUUUUAGAUUAGGUUUUGGCAGUUUCGCGGAAAAGCCGAUUAUGCCAUUCAUUAGCGUGGAUCCACGUCGAUUGGAAAACCCUUGCGCCGUGGAAGAAGAGGCUUGCGAAGCCACUUACAGUUAUAAGCACCAUUUAUCUCUGACUAAUCAGGUAAAUGAGUUUAUAGAGAAAGUAAACAGAAGCUCAGUGACAGCCAACCUGGACAACGCGGAGGCGCAGUUAGAUGCAUUAGUGCAAGCUAUCACCUGCGACGAGCAAGUUGGCUGGUCGCCGCAUAGCAGGAAAAUUGUCAUACUGUUGUCGGAUGGGUUGAUGCAUACUGCGGGAGACGGGAAGUUAGGUGGUGCUUCAAUGAAAAACGACGAAGAAUGCCAUCUAGAUAAAAACGGUUACUAUUCCGUUGCCGGUAUAUACGAUUAUCCGUCCAUAGCGCAAGUGUACCGACUGUUAGAUAAGUACAAGGUAAACGUAAUUUUCGCGGUCACAGAAGACGUGAAAAGCCAUUACGACAGCUUGCACGAACUGCUAAGAGACUAUACCUACGUCGCGAAACUUGAGAGAGACAGUUCGAAUAUACUGAAGCUAGUCAAGUUGGGAUAUGAAGACAUCGUGAGCGUUGUCAACUUUGAAGACGACUCAGUCGCGGGCCCUGUAAAGGUUAAAUACUUAACCGAUUGCGGAGUGAAAGGAGGUUCCAUUGAUGAAGCAACACGUUGCACCGGCGUCAAGUAUGGCAUGACUCUUAAUUACGAGGCCCAUGUCAGUUUGGAAUCUUGUCCGGAAUACAAAAAGUCAAAACAAACGAUCACAAUAUCAGAGAGUCAGUUGGGUCAGGACUCCCUGACCUUGGAGGUGGAGAUCCAGUGCGGAUGCGACUGUGAGGGCGACUCGCAGCAGGGCAUCCUGCUCAGGUGCUCUCCCAACUCACACUUAGUUUGCGGCGUGUGCCGGUGUAAUAAAGGAUGGUCAGGUCCGAAAUGUGAUUGCUCUAUCGAAGACGAAGCCGCCUCGGCUGCUUUAUCAUCUCAAUGUCGUGAGCCCAAUGUGACUCGCGCCAUUCUGUGCUCAGGCUUUGGGGAGUGUGUGUGUGGCCAGUGCGAGUGCGACGCUGGCUCUAACGGUCGCUACUGCCAGUGUAAGGCUUGUCCGAAAAGUAGAGUGAACAACGUAGAGUGCGGUGGCAUAGAGCGAGGCGUGUGCGUUUGCGGCGAGUGCGCGUGCGUCAACGGCUGGAGCGGAGACUCCUGCGAUUGUACGGAGAGUACCGACACGUGCGUCGCGCCUGGCUCUGACGAUGUGUGCUCUGGACAUGGCGAAUGUGUUUGUGGCCAGUGUAAAUGUUUCAAAGCAGACCAAGGCACAGCCUACUCGGGCGCGUUCUGCGAAACCUGUGCAAACUGUGUGAAUCCUUUGUGCGCUAACGCAGAGCCGUGCAUCCUGUGCCAUUUGAACAGCAGUUGCACAGAUAUUUGUACCAUUGGAAACGUUAACUAUACGGUUAGCGAAAGGAUGAAUGAAGCCCCAAAUAUAAACGACACAACGUGUAUAUUGCGCCAAGAAGAAAACAGCUUGAAUUGUGAAUAUAGAUACACCUACAGAGCCGCCGGCAAAUCCAUGAUAGCUAUGGAGAUGGUAAUCAUAGCCAAAGAGUGCACACAGCCAACCAGCGCGAUGAUUAUGACAAACGCCUUGAUAAUUAUGAUGUGCGUCAUAGCCAUCGGCGUCAUAAUUAUUUUAGGGGUCAAGUCAGCCCAAGUCGUGUCAGACAGACGGGCGUACGCCAAGUUUAUGCAAGAAGCCCAAGAGAGCAGGAAGAACAUGCAAGAAUUGAACCCUCUGUACAAGUCGCCAAUUUCAGAGUUCAGAUUACCAGAGUCGUAUCCGAGAGAUCGACACGACUUAUAGUUUGUUUAUUUUCUUCAAAGACAUCAGUCGAUGGAUGCUCAGGACAUAGGAGUAGGCCUCUUGAAAUUAUUUCGAAAUACCGGAUUUUCAUACGAAUUAUAAAAUAUCAAACGGUGCCUUUAAUAUUUGUCAGUAUUUUAGUACAAAAAUUGUGUUUUUAUCAUGACGUAAUCUUGCUAUUAUUUGAGUCAUAAUCAUCAUAAAAUCAUCACAUAUGUUGUAGCUAGUGGUAAUAAUAGAAACGUGCUAUCAACUUCCAAUUUAGCAAUAGCGAUAUGUAGUGGCUUUGCUAUAGAUAAGCUUAUGAUUGAACUUAAGAAGUUAUAGUAACCUAUUGAUUAAUAUUUUUUUAACAUAAUUAAUUGAAUUGUUUGCAAGCAAGAUAUAUUGUGAUAUGCAACAUAAUAGCCCAGUGAAUAUGAUCUCUGCGUAGGGCGUAAGAUCGAAGUUAUGUACUUGUAGGUACAUGAGUUUUCUGUGGUUAUGUGCAUUUUAAGAAAUUAAAUAUCACGUGUCACAAACGGUGAAGGAAACACAUCGUGAGAAAACCUGCUUACGUCUGAGAAUUUAUUUAAUUAUCUACGUGUAUGAAUUCUGCAAAUCCGCAUUUGGCCAGCAUGGUGGACUAAGGCCUAACCCCUCUCAUUCUGAAAGGAGCCUCGUGCUCCACAGUGAGCCGAAUAUAGGUUGUUAAUGAUGAGAUAUAUUGUCUUGAAUAUUCAGAUAAUAAAGACCAUUUCUUUAGUACUUAUUGACUUUAUUGUGCGUAAUUUGUAAAAUGGAGUUAAUCAUCCUUGGUUUAUCACCAUCCACAACUCAUAGGUAGGUCAGGUUUUUCCUAUAAAACUACUCUAGAUCGUGUGAAAAUCAGAAAUAGGUAUGUAAUAGUUUGUUCAUGGGCAUUAUUAAUUAAUAUAUCUCUUCGUUACAUUAUGUUUUUAUUUUUGUUUGUGUAAAUCUACUAAAUGUUUAGAGAGAUUCUGCGUUUGUACUUAUUUUAUUUGUUAAAACGAACAAUUUUUUUAUUUUAUUAGAUGUUGCCAAGUUCGUUUCUAUAUUUAAGGUUAGUUAGUACAGUUAGUUACCUUUAUCUUAGCUAUAUUUAUUUAUGCUUCUUAAUUUAUGACUGCAGAUAUAAUUUAUACAAACAAAUACUUAUAUAGUAGAAGAUCAGAAUUAUUCGAAACGACCUUCACCCAUCUUUUCAAUAGAUGAAAAAUGUUUAUAUCAAAUUUAUUAUGUUGAAAAAUACAUUGCGAGUAUGUUGUCUAUAAAUCUCAUGGCUAAAUGAUUAUUAGCCAGUAUUAACUAUCAUUAAUGAUAGUUUGACCAUGUGAUUAUUUUCUAUCAUUUAUUACUUAACCCAAAUAAAUAAAAUAUGAGUUUAUAUAUUUCGUACGAGUAUGCCGGAUUUCGUACUAAAAAUUGAUAGUUUUCCAUUGCCAGCUGCUUAGUCCAUCAAUAAUUACUAUAAAAAUUAUCUAAAUCGGUAGGUCUAUUUUAUUUAUUUGUUAACUAUUAAAAUCGACCGUUAGUAAGUAAGUUCUGAGUAUUUAUAAAUGCAUUUGUUUGUUACCUAAAUCUUUUAAAUGUUCUAAUAAUUAAUUAAGUUUUAAUAAUUUUAUUGCUUUACAAU